GUCACUUCCGUAUGACGCGUCGCGUCGGCGCUGCGUCACUUCCUGCCGCUACCGGUGUGGACGGUGGGUGGCGGCGGGCCGGCUGUCCGGCGCUCCCCUCCCCUCCUCCCUCCCUCCCUGUCCCUCCCUUGGCGGCCGCGCGUCGCGGGGACUCCCGACCCGGCCUCGGUGUCAGUGCGGGGGCCCUGAGCAGCCCGAGGCGCCGCGGCCGAGGAGGAGGACAACCGCGACCCUCGGUCCGCGCUUCGCGUCACCCCGCUCGCCGCCGCCGCCGCCGCCAUGGCCAUGAGGCAGACGCCGCUCACCUGCUCCGGCCACACGCGGCCGGUGGUGGAUUUGGCCUUCAGCGGCAUCACGCCGUACGGCUACUUUCUGAUCAGCGCUUGCAAAGAUGGCAAACCUAUGCUCCGCCAGGGAGAUACGGGAGACUGGAUUGGAACCUUUUUGGGUCAUAAAGGUGCUGUCUGGGGUGCAACAUUGAAUAAGGAUGCCACCAAAGCUGCCACAGCUGCUGCAGAUUUCACGGCCAAAGUGUGGGAUGCUGUCUCAGGAGAUGAAUUGAUGACCCUGGCUCAUAAGCACAUUGUCAAGACUGUGGAUUUCACACAGGAUAGCAACUACCUGUUAACUGGAGGACAGGAUAAACUGCUGCGCAUAUAUGACUUGAACAAACCUGAGGCAGAACCUAAGGAAAUUAGUGGUCACACUUCCGGUAUUAAAAAGGCUCUCUGGUGCAGUGAGGAUAAACAAAUCCUUUCAGCUGAUGAUAAAACUGUUCGUCUUUGGGAUCAUGCUACGAUGACAGAAGUGAAAUCUGUGAAUUUUAACAUGUCCGUGAGCAGCAUGGAGUAUAUCCCUGAGGGAGAGGUCCUGGUGCUUACUUAUGGGCGGACUAUUGCUUUUCAUAGUGCACUUAGUCUGGAGCCAAUUAAAUCCUUUGAAGCUCCUGCAACCAUCAAUUCUGCAUCUCUUCACCCUGAGAAGGAGUUUCUUGUUGCAGGUGGAGAAGACUUUAAACUGUAUAAGUAUGAUUAUAAUAGUGGAGAAGAAUUAGAAUCCUACAAAGGUCACUUUGGUCCCAUUCACUGUGUGAGAUUUAGUCCUGAUGGGGAACUCUAUGCCAGUGGUUCUGAAGAUGGAACAUUGAGAUUGUGGCAAACUGUUGUAGGAAAAACCUAUGGCCUUUGGAAAUGCGUGCUUCCUGAAGAGGACAGUGGGGAGCUGGCCAAGCCAAAGAUCGGUUUUCCAGAAACAGCGGAAGAGGAGCUGGAAGAAAUUGCUUCAGAGAAUUCAGAUUCCAUCUACUCUUCAACUCCUGAAGUGAAGGCCUGAGCAUCAGAUGUAUGCCGUAGACACCAUAGAGUUGAUGGACUGAACAAGCAGAGAAAGCAUCAGCUUUCAGAGCUACUCUCUGCCUGUGGCAAAGAGGGCAGAAACUAUUGGGAAUAUGAAUGAGUGCCAGUGCACAAACAACUACUCUGUGUCCUGUGAGUGCAAAGAGCUGAGUGUGUGAGGUGCAGGCAGGAGGGUAUGCUCAUGUAGUGCCAUAGCCUGCUGUCUCGAAUGAACAAGCCAACGUACAAUUUCCAUUUUACACUUCAAUUUCUUGUAGCUGUUUAUGUUAUGGAGAAGAAAAAUAUAUUGGCCUAUUUUUCUGACUUUUCCCUUAAAGCAGAAUGUCUUUUUCUCUUUGCUUAGUUGUGAAGAAGAGGAAAUACAUGAUAAAGUAACUGGUUUGAUCUCUUUCAUUGUACACUGACUGCUUCUGAACAUCCAAUAUUUUUUAGUUACCUAAAUAAAAUGCCUCUAAAACAAAAUAAUGUUCUGUUUCUUUGGGAAAUUCUGAUACAUUUGAGUAUUAAAACUGGAAAUACCCAGAAAGGUUCUACAGCAAUUUGUAGCAAAAGACAGUUUGGUUACAGGGUCUGAAUUAAACAUUCCCUAAUUUUGAAAUUCAGUUAUAUAAACUUGAAAUUUUCAUGACUUUUGCUGGGUGUUCAUUUGCUUUCUUCCAGAUUGAUAGAAUUGCUUUUCUUGCCUCUUUAAACAUGCAUGUUAAUUACUAUAAAAGAAAAGCAAUUAGAAAGAACAGAAAAAUAACUUGAAACCCCAAUUCUUCUGAAAACUACUAUACAUAGUAGAACAUCUGUGUGUUUGUAUAUACAGCCACAUGAGGGCUGGGGAUUUCAAGCGCAAGGCCCUGGGUUCGGUCCUCAGCUCCGGAAAAAAGAAAAACAAAACAAAACAAAAAAACAAAACAGCCACAUGAUUUUAUGAAACUGGGUUAAUCUUACUUGAAAUAUUAAGAUGUAUUAGAUUUUUUUGCAUCACAUCCUUUAAGUUUGGGUUUUUCAAAAGUCAUCAACUUUGUAAUAAAUUGGAUCAGUUAAAUAUAUUUGUAGUUUAUUUACUUUUUACAGUAUGAAGAGAUUAAAUUAGUAAUUUGGGAAUGCAUAUGAACAGCAUCUGUUAAUUUGCUUUUUUGUAAUUUGUCUUUUGAAUGGCCUUUAAUACUUUGCUUAGAAGAAAAAAAAGUUAAGUUUUGACAGGUUGUGACAACUGGAAGGCACUACACACAGUGCUAGCCCAGAAGAGCCAGGAGGACGCAUGUCACAGGAGACCAUUGAGGAGCCUAGGCAGUGUUGUCCUGUGUCCAUGUUGAACGUGCCUGGUCCUCUGCUCUGUACUAGUAUUGUCAAUGUAUCAAUAAACUGAGAGUCUGACCGCAAAUAAACUUGACAUGCAUCUUUUGGAA